AUGGCGUACCCGUACUCCGACAACAUGUACUCCAUGGUGGACGACGACUCAGACGUCGACCCAAUUGACGAUCCGCUUCAGGCCCAGACAGUCCUGAACGAUCAGGAGGACCAGGACCCUACCGAGCAACAAGUGCUUCUCUCGCCCAGCGACGGUUACUUCCGCGCGUCGGAGCAAGCGACAUCGCCGUCGUCGCAGGCCCAGGACUCGUGGCAGCCCUCCUAUUCGACUCGUGCUGCGGCGUCAUCCCAAGUUCCCCACGUCCCUGACGUCUGGGUAGCAGAUCCAUCUCUCGAGCACGGAAGCACUGCCGAGAGCAAGGCCAGAGAAGCUCGCGAGGAGCAGGAACAAAACAGACAGCGGUUCAACGACCGAUAUCCCGCCCUUGCAUGCAACAGAAGCACAACCUCUCCGGCUGCUGGCGGCUCUAUUGGAGGAAACAUCCCUUCUACACACUCACCGGCACAUACCAGGAGUACUUCGUCCAACUCGUUCAACUACGGGUCACACUACCAGACAUCUCGGUACACCCCACCAUCAACAGCAGCUACGCCCAGCCGGUCUCGCCGCAGCGAGACCUUAUAUUCGGAGCGCUCUUCCCUUUUCUCCCAUCCCAACGAGGCGCCUCCAGCCUACACGCCAUCCCCCACGUCGCCCACAAGUGCCGCAAGCCCAACAAACUACAGAACCUUCUCACAAUCCAGCAUGGGUAGACCAGAGGAAGCUCAAGGCCUCCUGGCCGGCCAUCAUCGACCUGAGAGCAUGGCAGACCAUGGCGAUGAGGAAUUGUACGAUGCUGAGCCUGCGUGGCGAGAACGGGUAAAGCGACGAUUGCCUUGGUUCAACGGCAGGAACUGCAGGGCUGUUCUUCUGUGCUUGGUGUUGCUGCUGAUCGCAAUUGGUUUCCUCGUAACCAUGUUCACAUCUGUCAAGCAAGAGAACUCCAAACCUAUCAACUCCCCAGGUAGUAAGCAGCCAGUCGAUGAUGAACCAGUCAACGAGGCCCCAGACGGAGAAAAGCCAAGUGAUGGCACCGUCAGGAUCAACUACCCAGCCUUCGACGGCGAUGUCCCCUGGAACAAUGGGCGAUACUGCUCCUACAAGAAAAUCAAGCUACCAGAAGAGUCAUUCUCACUCGACUUUUCAGCCGGCCGAAACAUUUCUUUCUUCCAGGAUGUGGACGCCAGCGGACCUUCGGAGGGCUGGGAUGUCCAUGUAAGUGGUGAGGUGAUCAUCCGCCGCACGGGAGACGGUACCCCUGACCCAUCUGUCGUCAUCAACGGGAUCGUCAACGACGACCGGAUCCGAAUCGAUACUGUGUGGGACGGCAGCACGCAGCGGCUGGAAGUGCGUGUGCCCCGCAAGCUCCGUGGUGAUGACGGCCAUACGUGGCCUUGCCUGCAGCUGCGUGUCAUGAUCUGGGUACCUGAAAACGCUCAGCUUGACUCCUUGAUUGUGGAGAACACGCAUUUAGGCGCCCUGCUUCUGGACAACUUAGCUAUUGACAUCGCAACCUUUACUCGUAUCUCGAGCGUUGUUGGAGAGAUCAUUGCUGCGACAGAUGGUGAGCGAGACAUGCACGAGCUUGCUCUGAACGGCGCUCCAAAGUCAUUCAACUUCGACUCGAGAGUCGUUGAGGUCAAGACCACCUCUGGAUCGAUUGCGGGCGCCUGGCCAUUAUAUGACUAUCUCGGUGUUGAGAGUAUCUCUGGCAGCAUCAAGGUCGGGAUUGAACCCAAGGCUGUCCUGAAGAAAGCGCCCAAGCCUGCAGUGCUGUACGUCAAGUCCACAUCUGGCACCAUCGAACUAUGGGAACCCAUCCACCGCGCCAUCGAGACACUUGCGGCGCAAAGCAGUGCGCAAGAGGGCAUGGCAACAUUCACAGCUGAGAGCAUCAUCCCUCCGCGAGACUAUGGCGUCGAGAUCAAGGGCAUAUCAGGCUCUAUCAAGGGAGCUUUGGCAUUCACCUAUUCUGCCAACGUUCACACCACUUCUGGGAGCAUUGCGUUUGACUUCCUGCCCGUGCUUGAUAAGUCACUCGCGGACCCGAAGACAGAUAAACGCAUCGAUCUCGAAACCUCCACGACAAGCGGAACCACGGUUAUCCGUCUGCUGGACACUCUGUGGUCAGACGCAUCGUCGGGAUCAUUCCUGAAGCUCCCCACCCCUCCUACUCCUCCAACUCCUCCAACACCCCCUACUCCGCCCACUCCUCCCAAGCGCAAAGAGCCGCCCCCACCAGUCGACUACAUCCCGAUCUACGACGGCGAUCCGUACGACCUUAUCGGCAAGCCGUCCAUCGUCACAGAUCCGUCCUUUGAGAUCGAGAAGAAGAAGAAGACCGAGGAGCCGGUCGACUACGCGCGCGCUCUCCGCUGCCUGCACUCGACGCACAGCACGACGAGCGCGUCGGUGGCGCUGCGCUACCCUGUCUCCUGGGAGGGCGACAUUGAUGUCUCGACCAUGAGCGGCAGCAUCAGCGUCAAGGGCGAGGGCGUCGAGGUCAUCCGCAAGGGGCCGGACUUCCCGGGUGUGGGCAAGACGCUGCUUGCGCGCAAGGGCAAGGAUGGGGGCAGUGUCUGCAAGGUGAAGACGCUGUCGGGGAGUAUAGGGGUCAAGAUCGGCGAGGUUUGA